GGCAUACAAUCCCCAAACCGAGUCCGACCCGUUAAGUCUCGACCCGAAUAGAGAAAUUAUCCACAGUAGCCUCUACUCUUCGCUUCGAACUAACCACCCUCGACAUCUUAUGAAUUUUUCAGACUACCCAUUUGCCAAAUCGUACGGAGACCCGAGAAAUUUUCCGGGUCAUGAGGAAGUGUUGAAGUUUCUAAACGAGUUUUGGGUUGAGUUUGGACUCACUGAGUUGACUCGGUUGGGUACUGAAGUUGUCCGAGUUGAAGCAGUGGAUGACUCGGGGUAUUGUGAGUGGAUUGUUGAGUCGAGAAAAGGCGAGUUGAGUGAGGUGGAAGUAUUUGAUGGGGUUGUAAUUUGUAAUGGUCAUCAUACUGUGCCGCGGGUGGCUGCGAUCAGAGAUAUAGGUCAAUGGCCGGGAAAACAAAUUCAUAGCCACAAUUACCGUGUCCCGGAACCUUUUCACAACCAGAUAGUGGUCAUGACUGGAGCUGGACCUAGUGCCUAUGAUAUAUCUAGAGACAUUGCAGGAGUUGCUAAUUACACUACAACAAAACUGGCAUCAGACAACACUAGUCAGACAACGGACGUUGGAAAAAGUUGUAAAGAAGUUCAUCUUUCUUCGAGAAAUUCCACAUGUGGUGGAUUUUAUAAAUUGGUCAACCUUAGUAAUGUAAGGCAGCACGCUGAGAUCGAUUAUGUUGAUGAAAGUGGUAGAGUAGCAUUUGUGGAUGGAUCUUCUGUUUGUGCUGAUAUCAUAUUUCAUUGCACUGGGUACAUGUUCAGUUUUCCAUUUCUUAGAACUAAUGGGAUCGUAACUGUGGAUGAUAAUAGAGUUGGACCCUUGUACAAGCAUGUCUUUUCUCCUGAGAUUGGCUCCAGGCUCUCUUUUGUUGGAAUCCCCUGCAACAUUACAUUAUUCCCCAUGAUGGAAUUACAAUCCAAGUGGAUAUCGUGUGUUUUAUCCAGCAAGGUGGUCCUACCAUCUAAAGAGGCAAUGCUGGCUGAUACCAACGAACACUACAGGUCGUUGGAGGAACGAGGGAUCCCAAAACAUAGUACUCACUCCCUUGCUACUACCGCGUUCCAAUACCUGGACUGGCUAGCAAGUCAAGUAAAAGUUCAACCAGUUGAAGAAAGGUUAAAGAAUAUAUACAAACAACUUGUUUCAGUGUUCUUCAGCUCCGAAGGAGACCAAAUCAGGGAAUGGGAUGUAGAUAGUUGGGUGAACGGAAACCACUUGAAACUACUUGCAGCAAGUGAAAAACAUUCAGCUUCCAAAUUGCUUGCAGCAUUUGAGGAAAACGUCGGACAUGAUAAUAGCAAGGUUGUUGAAAGCAGCUAGUUUAAAUUAUAUGAUGCUAUGAUGUACUUUGUUCUCGAAUCUUUUAUCUCUGUUAUCCGUAAAGGUUAAAACACAUGUAAACGAUCUUUACUCAAC